UCGAACUUUAGCCAGUUUAGCGUGUUUAAAACUUCAUUUUCCGCGUUUUCCAGACCUUACUAAUGUUCGCUUACUCUUUCUAUUUUAAGAUAGGAAAAUUAUAGUUUGAUUUGGUAGGCUUUCAAAAUUAUGUUUUGCUGUGCAGUGUGAACAAGCAUCGAGGUGGCCUGGGGAAACCCAACUCACGCUGACGGUUUCAGCGCGUUGGCUCACCAUACCAUCAUUGCAAAGCAAUGGAGACUUCAGGCAGCAAACCUGCAAAAAAACCCAGGAAGCCCGUGCGAGCCUACUCCGGAGCUCGUCGCUCCUAUACGAAACGAUCUCCCAACAAAUCCAAACGCACUCCUUCCCCAAAGAAAGCCGUAAACAAGGAUACUUCGCCUGAAAUUCACGCUUCGCCAGCCAAACGUCCCUUCGAGCGACCGAAAAGCCCGCUGAAUCUGGCAGAUGCUCUGGAAACUACGCGGUCAUCCUUCAGCGAUGAACCCGUGAAUCUCAUGACGGGCAGUAGUAACAGUAGUACUGCGCUGUUCUCACAAGUAUCUCAGGAAUCCACGCAGUCUGCGGAAGGGGAUGUGGAAAAGUCUUCGGGAUCCAUCGUUUUAUCAGCCGCUCAACAGCGUGAAAAUCGCUUGAAAUUUCAGCGUCAGAGAGCGUUGAAAGCGGUCGGCAAGUACAACGCUCAGUUAAAUCAGCGACGGAAUACGGAGCGCAAGUAUUAUUAUGAUUUGCAGACUAAUAUUUAUCAUGUACCUCGUCGAGAAGUGAAUGUUCUACCUCCAUGCCCGGAACUGUUGGAAAUGAAGAGAACCAUGCUUUCCCAUCAAAAUGGUAGUAACUUUGCUGAUCCAGUGACUUCGCAGCAGAACAACGGCAGUUCCGUUGGUGCGUAUCCUGCCACAUUGACCGUAUCCCCGCCGCAGUUCUCCGACAGUGUUCCAGUACUUUCUGGUCGCGCAUUGGGCUACUUUCCGCUGCGCACUGCCGUCAACUCUCUUCCGCCCAGCGCUGCACAAUAUUUGCACAUGACGACGGACGCUUACCGCAAACGGAAGCUGGAACUGAACGGCGAUGCGGCAAACAGUUCCGAUGAUGAGUGCUCGUUGUUCGACGAGGACGAAAAGAAGGAAGAGGAGCCAUCUGUCGUCACGGUUCCCGCGGAGUCCGAAACGCUUGCCGUCAAGAACGAAUCUCCCAGUGUCAUCUUGGAAUUACUCAACAAGCCUCCGCCACAGUCUCCCGCACCCAGUACCAACAACAAAAAGGCGAAAAAGGAAAAGGGGAAAUCGAACCGCACCAAAACGUCCCAGGCGGAAGUUCAGCCGACACCGGUCACGGUCAUGAUGGACUCCAUGUCUGAUGCCCACGAUCGUUUGAUUCUGCAGGAUGUCUACGAUGCUGACUCGGAUUUGCCGCCGCCGGAUUCUUGCUACGUGUGCCAUGUCAAAGAUAAGGUACCGCCGUCUUCGGGAAGCGAAGCGCCAGUGGAACCAACGGCAUCCGAUAAAAUCAAAAAGGAAUCUGAAACGGAAGUGGCUGUGAUAGAUGGUGCGCAUGAUGUUUUAAAGAAGAAAAAAGGAAAGGCCAAUGUGCAGGACGUCCCGACGCUAUCGAAGCAGCCGCUGUUGAGUUGUACUAAGUGUAAAAAGAAGUAUCAUCCGAAUUGCGUUAAUUUGCCGAAGCAGACAUUGCUGUGCAUGAAAAAGUAUCCGUGGGAGUGCAGCGAGUGUAAAAACUGCCAUAAGUGCAAAAGUUCUGCCAAAGAGGAUAAGAUGAUGUUUUGCGAUCUCUGUGACCGUGGUUACCAUUCGUUCUGCGUGGGGGUGCCUAAAGUGCCCAGUGGACGUUGGCUUUGUGAACAGUGUGCAAUUUGUUCGGUGUGCGGAUCGACCCGAGCCAACGAGGAAGGCAAACGUGGUCGCGCGAUGAUUUGGCAGCUCGAGUGGGAUGAAGACGAUGAAGGGAAUGUGACUGAUGUUCGCACGCUCUGCUAUCCGUGCUUCGAUUCUCGGAGAAAACCGCGACGCAAGAGCUCUGCUUCCAACACGGCGGCAGUACAAGAACAUAACGAAGACAGUACGGAUGCCAACGCGGAGCCGGCCGCCGCUGAGCUACCCGCGGAAGUAUCUCCUGAAGAUUGAGUUUGCACGAAACUGGCUUUGUUGCCGUAAAUUUCUUGUCAAAGAUUUGUAAUCGUAUUGCGGAUCACUCCUGAUGAACUUUACAAAAUGUCAAAAUCAUGCCAUGUAUGCAAAUCUUUAUUCGUUUCUAACGGUAUUAUCAACCUGUAAUUGAGUGCAAAAACUGAUAUGAGUCUCCUAAAUGUCAGGAACAUUCGGACAAUCGCACUUGCUGACAACAAGAAAGCUUUAACUGGCGAAGUAGAAAUAAUGAGAUGUUAUCAGAGGUG